AUGUGUUACAGUUUGGACUACCAGUCAAAGAGUCGAGCCCCAGAAUGCAGACCUGUGUGGAGGAUCAGAUCUCAGUGUAUUGAGUCUGGAUCUGCACUGAGGGAAUGUGAGACAUCUUCAGUUUUUUCUUCCUUCAGCCAUCACAUCACCUGUUCAGAAUCUGUCAGACUUGUUCAUGGGUCCAGUCUGUGUUCAGGCAGACUGGAGGUGAAGUUGAACCAGUCCUGGUCCUCAGUGUGUGAAGAUGACUUUGACCAGCAGGAUGCACAGGUGGUCUGCAGGGAGCUGGGCUGUGGACCUCCUUCAGUCCUCCAGGGGGCGCUAUAUGAAGAAAUAGAGCCUCCAAAGUGGACCAAAGAGUUCCUGUGUGGAGGAAAUGAGUCUGGUCUUUUGGCCUGUGGAAGCUCAGGUUCAGACAGAAACUCCUGCUCACCUGGUAAAGCUGUUGGACUCACCUGCUCAGAGCCUGUUAGGUUGGUGGGAGGAGCCAGUCGAUGUGCUGGUAUAGUGGAGGUUAAAGUCCAGGAAGAAUGGAGGCCAGUGGUGGACUAUGGCUGGACCCUAAAGACAGCAGAUGUGGUGUGUCGAGAUCUCGACUGUGGUUCUGCUGUUUCUACAAAAAGGAGAGAUGUUUCCUCACACAGACCUGUGUGGAGGAUCAGAUCUGAGCUUAUUGAGUCUGGAUCUGCACUGAGGGAAUGUGAGACAUCUUCAGCUUUUUCUUCCUCCAGCCAUCAGAUCAUCUGUUCAGGCGUGUGUGAGAUUAUCCGCAGCUGGAGGCUGAGUCGGUGGAACCGAGGAGGAGACGACGGUUUUCGCUCCUCACCGGAUAAGUAA